AUGACAUUGAUACGUACCAUCGCAACCCGACUGAGCACUGCUGAGGGUUUUUACUUUGUUUUCAUUUACAUACCGUUUCUAUUCUUAUACCAAUGGUGGCAGCAGGCUGCUUGGAGCUUUGUGACGUGGGCUGGACUGCGCCAUUCAUCCACACAAUACGGGAAUGGAGGCGAAAACACGCAAGCAUACUAUAUUUGGUCAGCUCUCUCUAUGUAUGUCCAUUUGGGUCAGAAUGAUUCCCGAGCAAAAGGGGGGUCUUGGCGAAUUUUGUGGGCAAGACAGAGGAGCAGCAAGAAAGCAACCGAUUCGGAACCGAGGAGGGACGCGUCAGAUAUUCCUACCGAAAGAGGCAAGCUUCUAGAAGGAAUCUGGAAGAAGUCGUCAAAAUCUGCUCAGAGUGGAUCCCGAAAGUCUGACCUGAAAGGGCGUGUCCGUAUCAAAAGAACGUCGAUUGCAAGUCCUGACCCCCAUUCUUUGAUCGGGUUACUCCCCUGGAACCUCUCGAUUAAAACUCGUGGACUCGUUGGGCGCCUCUGGCCUGUGCCUCCUCGUGCCUCGUGCCUCGUGCCCCGGUGCCUUGUUCACUUUGCGCCGCAUCAGCCCCCUCCCUCCUCCUGGCGUCUCGGUCCUGGUGCGGUUCAGUUUCUCUCGGCCGUAAAGAUUGCAAGUCCGAUGCUAGUCGACACCUGGGUAGGUGAGAAGUCAUCCAUGAGCAGUAUGUACAACAGCAUCGUCAACAACUACCUCUCAUUUUCUCAUGCAAACUUUUGGGUUCUGCCAAGUGCGCAACGUCCUUGGAGAACCCUCUGCUGCCAUGUCACGUCUCCUUUCCUGCCAAGAAUAUUUCCAAAAUGGCUCUUGCUGGUCAGUGCAUCGGAGUCCGGCCGACAUUAUAAUCUAAUGGCCAAGUAUCUGAUGGCCCUUGCUUCCACCAGUUCACAUGUCUGCCCUGUUUCAAGCUUUUCGCUUGUGGAACAGAGUGGUUGGAUGGCGCCGAGGGCGUAA